AUGACCCAACUAGAGAUCAUAUACAGCGAUGGGACUUCUCAAUCCCCUGGUCCUGCCAUAAAGGCAGAGAUAUAUGAUGGAGAAAAGUACGAUGCCAACUCUAAGAUCCACGGAUGGUCAGAGUACCUGUCCGAAGCGAACCCGGUCUUUUUGAGCUCCGGCUGGGAGCAAGUCACGGUACUAGAGCCGUUACCUGACUCAGUCAACAUCACAGCAGGCUUCGCGGAGCCAAUUCGCCCUAUUCAGACUCUGAAGCCCGUUGAUCUAAUCACGACUCCGGCGGGCAAGAAAGUUAUUGAUUUCGGCCAAAAUCUUGUUGGAUAUGUGAGACUCAAGAGGAUAAUAGGCCCAAAAGAUAGCCGAGCCUCACUGAGACACGCCGAAGUGCUCGAAAAUGGUGAACUGGGCCUUCGGCCGCUGCGUGUCUGCGAAGCGAUGGACGAAUAUGUAUGUGAUGGCGGUGUUGAGACUUCAUGGGAGCCUAGCUUCACUUACCAUGGCUUUCGAUACUGCCAGAUCGACGGCUUGUCUGAGUCAAUCAACAUCCUAGACUCUAUCGAAGCUGUCGUCUGCCAUAAUGAUAUGGAGUUGGCAGGAGAGUUUACUUGCUCAGACCCGAAGUUGAACAAGCUCCACGACAACUCACUCUGGAGUAUGAGAGGAAACUUCUUUUCGAUCCCGACUGAUUGUCCUCAGCGCGAUGAACGGUUGGGAUGGACUGGAGAUAUUGCCCAGUUCGCUUCAACCGCUGUUAAGCUCUAUGAUUGUUUCGGCUUUUUGAAGGAUUGGAUGGUCGAUGUUGGACAUGAUCAAUACAGGCGCAAUGGCAUCCCAGCCUAUGUAACACCUGACAUUCUAGACGAUGCCGGGAUUUGGAGCCUCAUCUUGCCGGUUGCGAUCUGGCAUGAUGUUGUCAUCCUUGUACCUUGGGCUCUGUAUGAAACUUCAAGCGAUGUGGAGGUCCUCAAGGGUAAUUACAAUAACAUGAAGAAGUGGAUCGAUUCCAUUCCCAGGGAUGAGGAACGCAAGCAGAAGCUCUGGAACAGGACAUCUUUCCAACUUGGUGACUGGCUUGAUCCUACUGCACCGCCUGACCAACCCAUGGAUGGUCAAACAGAUCCUGUGCUUGUUGCUGACGCAUUCUUGAUCCAUUCGCUCGACUUAAUGGUUUCCAUUGCGACCGUUCUCAACGAGCAGGAAGAUGCCCAGGCUUAUAACCAAGAGGCGACUACCUGCCGCCAGCAGUUCAGUGAUGAAUACAUCUCCUCUAAUGGCCGUAUCAGUUCCGAUUCCCAAACGGCCUACGCGUUGGCAAUAGUAUUCGAUUUAUUGCGAAGCCAAGAGCAGAUGUCGUAUGCGGGACGGCGACUUGCAACAAUCGUGCGCCGCAACAAGUUCAAAAUUGGCACUGGGUUUGCUGGCGCCCCAUUCCUUUGCGAGGCUCUUUUCCGUGCCGGCCACACUUCUGUGGCAUAUGCAGCCUUGCUCUGUGAAGAAUGCCCUUCGUGGCUUUAUCCCCUUACAGUUGGUGCUACAACUAUGUGGGAGCGGUGGGAUAGCAUGCUGCCUGAUGGCAAGGUGAAUCCCGGAGAGAUGACAUCCUUCAAUCACUAUUGCUUUGGCUCCGUCGUCUCUUUUCUCUACGAAAGGCUCGGGGGGUUACAGUGCGCUGAACCAGGUUGGAAGAAAAUUCGCUUCGCACCUCAGCCUGGAGGCGGUAUCACAUCAGCGCACGUGAAGCAAUUGACGCCUUAUGGAUGGGUGUCUGCCCAAUGGAAGAUUGAAGCCGGCAGCUUAAAGGCUGAGUUGACCGUUCCAAACAUGGUUGAAGCAGAGGUUGUGCUUCCAUUUGCUGCAGGAGACAAGGUAGUCGUCCUUGGAGGUGGCCACUGGUUAUUUACAGGCAAAUAUCGCGAGCGCAUGGUAUGGCCGGUUGAAGCCAUCGCAGCCUUUCCUAGCCUUGAGCCUUCAAAUGGACCAAGGUGA